AGAUUCUUCUCUUGUCAAAAAGUAUGUCAGAAACGCGACAAGCAACGGAUAAACCAAAUAGUUCCGCUGAAGCAGUUUUAGAAACGAACCCAAGAGGUAUUCCUAAAGUUCAAUUUGUAGAGAAUGUUGAGGAAUUUAUUUCUAAAUCAUCAGCACCAGUUGAAGUUACUUUGGGUAAAUUCCAGGAAACUGUUGCAAAAUAUAAGUUUAUGGAAAUCAAUUUUCUUAAUCGAAAAAAAGGCCUUGAACUAAAAAUACCCGAAAUCAGUAAGACAUUGACAGUUGUAGAAUAUUUAGUAUCAAAACAAGAUUCUGAUGAACCUAUAGAGACAACAUUUGAAUUGAAUGAUACUUUAUGGGCGAAUGCUACAAUUAAAUCUACAAAAACUGUUAAUUUAUGGCUUGGGGCCAAUGUAAUGCUUGAAUAUACAUUACAAGAAGCAAAGGAGCUACUUGAAAAUAAAUUGGAUACGAAUCAGAAUGCACUCAAAAAUGUACUAGAAGAUUUGGAAUUUUUAAGAGAACAAGUUACAACAAUGGAAGUUAAUAUUGCACGUGUAUACAAUUGGGAUGUUAAGAGAAGACGAACAUUGAAAACGACUAGCACUGUUUAAGAGUUAAAAUAAUUAUAUUGUAAUAAUACAUUACAGUAAUAAUAUUAUGUAUUGCUUUAUUCUACUAAUUAAAGUAUUUUAUAUUAAA